CAAAAACGCGGCAGAAAAGGUUCCCCCGUUUUAAACCCGAUGAAGUCCUCAUUCUCCAGGGAUACCCCAUAGCAUUACAGGGAACACCCCUCAUGAAUGUGAGACUGGCCGUAAAGAGUAACAAUAAAGUCAUUCCGAAAAAGAGCCUGCAGCACUUGGUGCUUGAAGUAGCACCGGAAAUCCAUCGACGAACAGGACAUGGCAUCGCUUAUAUCAAUCGGAUGGAGGUUGACUCGAAUCAAGCUCCCUCGGUUUCACCCAAAGCUUCCAGUCGCAACUCAGAUGAGCCGGACUCUGUGACGUCAUACAAGGGCGCGCUGAUUGCCCUCGGUGUUCUUCUUGGAGUUGUGUGUCUCGUUGCUAUCAUCAUCGUCAUCGUCUUGUACAUUCGGAAAACAAAACAGGAGAAGAUGCGGAAGCAGCCCACACUCGAGGACAACUCUGGGGAAAAUAACAUGUUGAUGCCUCUUUGAACGGACAGGAAAAGCCUUUACUUAGUAACAAGAAAAAACGACUUUAAAAUUUAAGGUCGAAAUUACAAUUUUUUUACGGCCAUUCAUUUACGAGGCCAGCAGCCAUUCAAAUGUAUUAAAACAAAAGAAAGUGUGUGAAAAGAGUUCAACUCGGGACACCAAUAUGGCCGCCGUUUCAUUGUUU